AUGGGUCUCGCCGACUUUUUCACUGACGUCGUCUCCUCCCUGGGCUUUGCCGAGGCCCAGGCUGAGGCUCCCGCCGCCGACGUUGAGACCUCCACCCAGGACGAGUCCACCGAGAAGACCGAAGAGGCCUCCUCCGAGGAGAGCACCGACGCCGAGUCCGCCGAAGAUACCCCUGAGGAGUCCUCUGAGGAAGCUCCCGAGGAAGAGGAGGCUGAGCCCGAGGAGGAAGAGGAAGAGGAGGAAGAAGAGGAGGAGGAGGAGCCCGAGGACAUCAAGCCCAAGCUCGAAGAGGACUGUGCCAACUCCGCCAAGUGCGCCCCUUACAAGCACCACUACGACGAGUGCGUUGAGCGUGUCAUGAAGCAGGAGGAGGACGAGGACUUCAAGGGUCCCAAGGAGGACUGCGUUGAGGAGUUCUUCCACCUCACCCACUGCGUUACCGCCUGCGCUGCCCCCAAGCUCUGGAGGGAGCUCAAGUAA